CUUCUGUAGCUAACUGGGAAAUCAGGUCAAAUACAGAAGUAGAGUCUGAAUAGAAAGGUGUGAACCGGCGAGGUGAUUUCAGAUUUGAUUUUCACUGCAUAAAGCAUUAAAGACAAUAUCCUUUCUUGAUUAAACUAAGGAUUUCAACUUAACGUUGCCUUUAAAGUUACGCUAUUCUUACGCGCGGCACGACAGCGUCGGUCAAAAUGGACGUGGACACUGUUUCCGUCACGAUGGACGCACGCUCUGAUAGUCCUUCUCCUGCUUUCCCAGUAGUUUUAAAGAAAAUCAUGGAAAUUCCGCCACCGAAUCUUCUCGAAGGCGAUGACGAAAAUGAUAAAGAGAAACUCUUUGAGGAUGUGGACUCAGGAGGGGUUAGUGGAAUGGGACCGUCGGCUGCCUUAACACCUGCCAUCUGGGAAAAGACCAUUCCCUAUGAUGGCGAAACCUUCCAUCUGGAAUACAUGGAUCUGGAGGAGUUCCUCAUGGAGAAUGGCAUUCCUGCCACAGGGGAUGAGGAUCAGCAAAAGAGUCUUGCAAAGGAAAACAUCCAGCUUUCAACUGAAAAACCAUCCGCAACAACUCCAGCAGUCUCUCUUAUGCCAGUCAUGGAACUGGAUCAGUGUGAGGAGGAAGUGGUCACAAUCACGGAAUCCAGCUCUAGCUCGACAGACGGCAAAUCAGAUGAGGACCGUGUGACGCCAGAUCCCAUCAAUCCAGAGGAUAUUGAGAUAGAGGUCAACUUUGAACCCGAUCCCACAGACCUUGUGCUCUCCAGCAUACCUGGAGGUGAACUGUUCGACCCUCGCAAACAUCGCUUUUCUGAGGAGGAGCUGAAGCCUCAGCCGAUGAUCAAGAAAGCAAAGAAAGUAUUUGUGCCUGAGGAACAGAAGGACGACAAAUACUGGCAGCGGAGGAAGAAGAAUAACAUUGCAGCCAAACGUUCACGAGAUGCCAGACGGCUAAAAGAGAAUCAGAUCACAGUACGGGCAGCCUUUCUGGAGCGAGAGAACUCUGUGCUGAGGCAGGAAGUGGCAGAGUUACGCAAGGACUUUGGGCGCUGCAAGAAUGUUGUAGCACGCUAUGAAGCCAAAUACGGACCGCUUGGACCGGCUGAAGACCUCUAAACAAUUAUUGAUUUAUUUCCAUUUUAAAAGGCAAUAAAUUAAUAAUGGUAUGGCAUGCAGAGGAGAAAACAGGAGAUAAGUGAAUGAAUGAUACUGUAGAGCUAAGUGAUAUUCAUAUUCAUAAACCAUCUUGUCAGCUACUUUUAUCAACAUAUCCCAUUCAUUUUAAUCUUACUUUAGUGCAACAGCACAUCCAUGUAUAUUCAAUAGAGCUUUUAACUGUGUUUUUUAACUUGAUCUCAUGACGAAAAUGUACCUGUGGGAAGUUUUUUGCAAGACAUGAAAUCACUUAACAAUCAAUUUCAUACACAGUUAUGAUAACAGCUCCACAUGUUUUGCUUCCUGAACGUAACAAGCUUGCUCGGUAGAUCAGCCGGCAUGGAAUUGGACGUAAAAUGCAAAAUUGCUAUAAAAAAUAUGACUCAGAAUGAAAGAGCUGAAAGAUGAGAGAGCGAAAACAAGCCAAAACGGCAUUCUUGUGAUGGACCUUUCUCACAUUUCCGGGUUACUCAUAGCGGAGGGUCUUCACAGUUGGGUAAAAUCCAAGAGCUGUGAAUGGGAGAGUACCACAGAUGUAUUUUUUGCAUUCCAAUUUGCUCAAAUAACAAAAGACAAACUACACGACUUUCAAUCAAAGAAAAAAAACUGAAAGAGAUUGAUAUCGGCAGUCAGAUGAGAGAACAAUGUAGGGCUGUCAAACAAUUAAUCGUGAUUAAUCGCAUACAAAAAAGUUUGAGUUGCCUAAUAUAUGUGUGUGUACUGUGUGUAACCAUUAUGUAUAUAUAAAUACACACAAAUUAAUGUGUAUAUAUAAGAGAAAUGUUAUUUAUGUACAAAAUGUUUGUAUUUAUAUAUAACAUAAAUUAUAUAAAAAUCAUACUAAAUACAUAUACUUGUAGAUUCCUAAAAAUUUAUACAUGAAUGUGUUUAUAUAUACAUAAUAAUUACACAGUACACACAUUAGGCAAACUCAAACCUUAUUUUGUAUGCGAUUUAUCGCGAUUAAUUGUUUGACAGCCCUAGAACAAUCAAAUUUACCAUCCUUCCUGCAUUAGAAACACCCUCGCAUUAAACUUAACUAUUUUUUGUAACUUGAUGAAGAAGUGAUGUAAUACGAAGUAUAGUGUUAUAAAUGUAAAUACAUUUAAAAAAUAAAAAUAUGAAAAACUUUAAAGGAUUUAUGAUGAGGAUGACCGUUCAAAUGCGUCAUCACAGUCUUGUGAAAAGGGUCCAUUGCAUUGUUCACUCUAUCGGGUAGGUUUACUCAGGGUUGCCAGGUAUUCAGAACAAAACCCGCCCAAUUGCUACUCAAAACUAGCCCAAAACUAGUCCAAUUAUGAUUACACGUUAUUUGUCGGGGUUCCUCUGGUAAAUAAGCAUUUCAGGGGCUAAAUACGAUUCAGCUCGCGGACAUCAAAAACAACCCGAGGCAACAGUGGUAAAGUAGCCCAAUUCCGUGGGAAAACCGCAGACUCGGCAACCGUAGGUGUAGUGCAGAUAGUAUGUUAUUUUAAAAUGUCAUGGAGCAAUAGAGUAAUAGUGCCACUCAACAGACAUUUCAAGUCAGAGCUGCGGUAACGCACAAAACCAAAACGUACCAUAUGUACGUUCAUCUGUUGAAUGUAACGAAACACGCUUUUAGUGCCACUCUGUGGACAUUUCACAUCGAGUAUGUCACAAAACGCAUAUGGUGGUUUGUAUUUCACGUCUUGCGAAAAUGUUCCUACAGGUACGUUUCCAUCAUUAGAUCAGGCUCGGUUUUUUGUCAUGCACCAAGGUAGAAGAGGUCUUCCCUCACCUAAGUUUUAUAAUAUCUAAUUAGUUUUAGAAAAUAAUGUACCUUGGAAGUCACUGGCCUUUAUCAACUUCCAUAUACUUUCUUAUAUAUCUUCAGUAUGUUUAUCUCUGACUUAUUUGACAUUAAUUCUAAGAAUUCCAUUGGCAAACUUGGUACAAUGUACCACUAAGUGGUACAUUACAUCUGCAACAGUAAAUAAAAAAGCCAUCUUUGAAAUAAUGGAGGAAUGUAUCACAUUAAAAAUUUAUAAUUACGGAUACCUGGAGGAAAAAAAAAACUGUAAGCAGGAAUUGUAUCAUGUUUUUGUGCUGCAAAAAACAUACGUGUUUUGUCUUACUGUCUGCGAGUGCUAGAAAAAGUACUGAAAAUGUGCUCUGUAUAUGUGCAAAAUGUAUUUAGAUAGUGUCUCUCAUACUAACUGAGUAGAUCUUCUAAAAUCAUAUCUUGUUUACUUCACCCAUGGUAGUUUGUCCUUUCCGGGACUCAUGGAGGUCAGUUUAUGUACCGAAAUAACACUCUGUACAUGUGACGGAUCUUGUAUCUGCUUUAACUUAGAAAAACAAAUGAAGUGCUGUUUGUUUGUUUUUUCAUAUGUAUCAUAUGAUAUAUUUUUUUUUCAAAUAACUUCAGAUAUUUUACAAAAACGGCUUUGCAGUGUGAACCACACCAUUCACACACAGCUCAGAGUCAAUAUGAAUCCGUAAGUGUCUUCAGCAGAACGCCUGUUUAUAAAGCGCACAAGUGUGUUACAUAUCAGAAACCAAACUCAAACCUCUCGUAAGGGCAAAAGCCCCCUGCUUGCCACUUCUCUUCAUUUCAAGCACUUUUGUGCAACCUGUCUCUGUCAUUUGGAAACAUACAUCAUCAGGGAAAGAAGAUUAAGGGUCAAUUCACAAGUUUGACAAACUGUCAGUAUCUUGUGCUUUCCGUUCAGUGUUGUGAAGUGGAAUUUAGGCUGAUAUUUAUUACCAAGUUUAAUUUUGCAAUACGCACACGUGACCACAUUGUCCUUUUUCAGGUGUUUUGUGAAAAGGGAAUCUGAUAUGUAACGUAAUCUUGACCAAAGCUAACUUUGAUUGAAUGCUGAAGAACACGAAUUCUUUAGCAAGUACAAAAAGACUCCACUUAAAUCAGGUGUUGAAACUUUACAUAUCUGUGGUCUGUAGGUGCUUUUUAAAAGCGCACCUACGGUUUGUCAUUUCUCCUUGAGCUUCCUUUCUGACGAGUGUGUAAUGUGAGAUCAGAGACAAUAAAAUGGACUCGAGUUUGAUGGCUUUUCUGAAAAGAAGAGUGAAAGCAUUUCUUCUGUUCAAACUCAAGUCGCAUAAAUGAGAUGCAGUAAUCUUUGUUUGAAUGUUUUUCUAUUUGUUAUUGUUCUUUUGGGAGGAAUGAAUUCUUUUUGUAAGUCUUAUAACUUUUUUGACUUGUAAAUGUUGUCUCGAUGUCUUGGCUGUUUCGUGUUGUACAUAUUAUUAAAGAAUUCAAAAAUG